ACAAAUUCGCCCGCCUCUCUCGUCUCCCGCCGUCUCUCGUCUCUCUCUCGCUUGCUCGCUGAUCUUCUUUUGCGUUGAUUGCAGAGAAUAAUAAAAAAUGAGUCGAGGGAGUGCACCAGGCCCCAAGGGGAAGAAGAAGGGAGUGGCAUUUACCAUUGACUGUGCGAAGCCAGUGGAAGACAAGAUUAUGGACAUUGCAUCUCUGGAGAAGUUCCUCCAGGACAGAAUCAAGGUCGGAGGCAAGGCUGGUGCUCUUGGUGACAUUGUAGCCGUCACCCGCGAGAAGAACAAGAUCACUGUUACUUCUGAUAGUAACUUCUCUAAGAGGUAUCUGAAGUACCUGACCAAAAAGUACCUGAAGAAACACAAUGUGCGUGAUUGGCUCCGUGUGAUAGCUUCCAACAAAGAUAGAAAUGUCUAUGAACUUAGGUACUUCAACAUUGCUGAGAACGAAGGAGAGGAAGAAGACUGAUAAGUUUAAAUCAGCUUAGUUGUUAAGAACCUCAUUUUACCUUUUUUGUUUUCUGUUGCCUUUGUGAUGCUGCUUCUUGUUUAAACUCAUGCGGUUUUAACAAUUUUGUUGCUUAAAUUAGAGAUCUUGAUUAUUCUAACUGUUGGAUUGGUAAUAUAGAAAGUCUUUAUUUGUGGGUGAAUCGAGAUUUGUUUGAUUUGGUUC